AUGAGCUCCAUAGUGAAUGUAGCUGCCGACGUAAUAUCUGGGACAGCUAUUGCAGCCGCAGGUACGCAGGUAGCAUGGUUCAUACCAAUGUUAGUGGCUGCAAUAGCCUACUACCAAUACGACCAGACUGACCCUGAGGGAAGACCAGCUGAUGUUGAUGAAGCAACACUGUUACCAUACUACGAUUUCAUAGUAGUCGGCGCUGGUUCUGCCGGAUCAGUGGUAGCCAGUCGACUCUCAGAGAUACAUAACUGGAGAGUGUUAUUACUAGAAGCAGGAGGAGAUGAGACUGAGAUAUCUGAUGUGCCUUUACUGGCGGGGUAUCUGCAAUUGAGUAAACUUGACUGGAAAUACAAGACAGAACCGCAGGGCACCACUUGUUUAGCCAUGGAAGGUGGUCGAUGCAACUGGCCUCGGGGUAAAGUACUAGGCGGCAGCUCUGUAUUGAACUACAUGUUGUACUUACGCGGAAAUAAAAAAGAUUACGAUACAUGGGAGUCUUUGGGGAAUAAGGGUUGGGGAUACAAAGAUGUACUCUACUACUUCAAGAAGUCAGAAGACAAUCAGAACCCAUCGCUAGCCCAAACGCCAUAUCACAGCACUGGUGGAUACCUAACAGUAUCUGAAGCACCAUACCACACUCCACUUGUUUCAAGUUUCAUUGAAGCUGGCUUGGAAAUGGGUUAUUUAAAUCGCGAUAUUAACGGCGAAAACCAAACAGGCUUUAUGGUUGCGCAAGGGACACUGCGACGAGGGAGUCGCUGUUCCACUUCUAAAGCAUUCCUGCGACCAGCCAAGGAUCGCUUGAACUUACACAUUGCAAAGAAUUCCUUCGUAACAAAGGUUUUAAUCGAUCCAAGAACUAAAACCGCCUUUGGCGUAGAAUUUGUCCGGAACAAAAUGAUUCACCGCAUAAGGGCAAGAAAAGAAGUGAUACUAUCAGGUGGUACUAUUAAUUCUGCUCAAUUACUACUCCUCUCAGGCAUAGGUCCCGCAGAAGAACUGGCGAAACAUAAAAUACCGUUAAUACAAAACCUACAAGUUGGGCGGAAUUUACAAGAUCAUAUUGGACUUGGGGGUCUAGCAUUCACAAUUAACAAACAAUUAUCAAUUGUUGAGCAUAGGUUACACACAGUUAGUACACUUAUGCAAUACGCUGUUUUAGGAGAGGGACCCCUAACUAUCAUGGGCGGAGUUGAGGGAUUAGCCUUUGUCAAUACAAAGUACGUAAAUGCCUCCGAUGAAUUUCCUGACAUAGAAUUUCACUUUAUAUCUGGAUCCACAAAUUCUGACGGAGGUGGACAGAUAAGAAAAAUUCACGGUUUGACUGAACAAUUUUACAACGCUGUGUAUGGUCCAAUAAAUAACAAGGAUGUGUGGAGCAUAAUACCGAUGUUACUACGCCCUAGAAGUAAGGGAUUUAUUCAAUUGCGCAGUGCCAAUCCAUACGACUAUCCUUACAUAUAUCCUAACUACUUAACAGACGAACUGGAUGUCAAAACUUUAAUCGAGGGUGUAAAGAUUGCAGUCGCUGUCUCAAAAACUGAAGCUUUCCGGAGAUACGAUUCUAUGUUGAAUCCCUAUCCUUUCCCAGCGUGCGUGAGCAUACAACGGUAUACGGAUGCAUACUGGGAGUGUAUGAUACGACAAUAUACAUGUACCAUAUAUCAUCCGGUAGGCACGGCAAAAAUGGGGCCAUAUUGGGACCCUGAAGCCGUCGUUGACCCAGAGUUAAAAGUGUAUGGAAUUAAAAAUUUACGAGUUAUAGAUGGUAGCAUAAUGCCUAAUAUAGUGAGCGGAAAUACAAAUGCUCCGAUUAUUAUGAUUGGUGAAAAAGGAAGCGAUAUGAUAAAAGAAUUUUGGUUGAAGCGUCGACGUUCUAGGUAUUACUUGUGA